AUGGCAUCGAAUUCAUCUCCUUCCGCUCCGAGCAGUCUAGAAAAAGUAAUCCGGAAAUAUAUUCCAAAAGAGCUGAUUCCUGACUCUUGGAAGUGUAACAAUAGGCGACAAGAAGAGAAUCUCCAGGAUCUUCUCACCCAAGGUGAUAACCCGCAACUUGGAAUGUUCGCGUCUGCCGAAGAACUGCUCACGCAGAUUGAUCUCUACGUAAAUUUCCCAAGAUCUAUGCAGUAUUUCGACAUGGAUCCACUUGAUCGAAUUGAGCCAAAGCCUUAUCUCCAUAUUAGCUUGACGAAGAAUACUUUCAUCUAUGAGAAAGAUCUUUUUAAAAUCUUCAACUGUUCCCCAUUUGACGGCGAGAAGCACUCAGAAGUAAUGAAUAAAUUGAAUGCUUACUGGAAAGCCACGACUGAUGAUAACGAUCACAAGAUGGUAUUUUAUCCGUAUAUCCUAGCGAAACCAGACGUUUCAAAUCAGCGACCGAUUUGUGCACCGAUUUCAAAUACUCUAUGCAAAGCUUUCAAUAUUGAAUGGGAGGAAUAUGUGAAAAAAGAAAAGAAUAAGGAUACUAAUGCCGAAUUGAAUGAGUAUUUUACAUAUACGAGAUCAAUGGCAGUCUGGAUUGAAUUGAUUAAGAGGAACUUUAAUCACCUCGUCGACAACGGUUUCAUUAAUUUGCCGCAACUCAAUUUGUUUCCUCCAAUUGAUUUCAAAAAACCAAGAAUCCGAGUAUUCUCAUUCGAUGAACAUCGAUUUGUGGUGGUAAAGGAGUUUAUUCAAAUUCUAGCGGCAUAUCAGAUGGAUUGGAGUACGUACCUGGAGAGAAAUGCGGAGGACGUACGGACAUUAUCAACAUUCUCAUUUGAUAAAAUAUCCAAGAAGAUUUGCCAGGAUCCAGAGAAUCAACUGGAAUUUGUGAUACUGGAAAUACCUAAAUUGAUGUUCUCUCAAACGCCAAUUCCAACUUGGGACAAGGGAUACUGUAUUCUUGCUGCGGAUGCUCUUUAUGAACUCCUCAUGGAUUUGAUUGUGGCGAAAAAGGUGUUUCACAUUUCGGAAGUUGACAUUUUAGAAAAAAUAUGGAUUCAUGUCAAAAAAGUGUUCGACGCACUUAAAUUUUAUUUCGAUUCGACGAGUGAACAGAUUAAUUUUCUCCAUUUGAAAGAUGUUGAUGCCAUCAAGGCAAUGUGGAAACACGUCUACAACACUCACUUGAAGAGAUAUUAUCCAAAUGUGAAGCAUUUUAAGAAACCGAGCCAGACGGCAUUUUCGUUGGCUGGUUUGGUAGAGACACUCGAAUCCUUGGGUCUGGAAAAGAGCUGCAAAGGAAUCAUUACGAAGUAUGCGAAGCCUGUCUACAUGCAGUUUGAGACGGAGACCGAGGACGGAUUGUCACUAUCUCAGUUGCAUGUCGCGAUUACUCGUUGCGAAAUCAACUGGGUCGUUGGGAAAAUGCCCAAGAUUUCGGAGUUCAUUCAUAACCAGAAGUCAUGCAAUCGGAUGAAUAUUGUUGGGUAUAUGACAUCACCUACACCUCCUUCCCCUGCAAGCAAAUUUGAUAAAGAGGUCCGGACGUAUGUUCCAAAGGAGCUGAUUUCUCCGACUUGGAAAUGCCUCGGCGAAGACUUCUCUGUACAACUCAAGUCGCUCUUAGACGACGAACAAUCUCAACUUGGAAUGGUCGAGUCCGCCGACAGGCUAGAGGACGAUAUCUGUUGCUACUUCGACUUGAUAAGAAGCAAAUUCGAGGAUCCAAUCAAGAAACUCCCAUACGACUACAAAAACGCUGAUGAAAAGCCAUGCAUUUACAAAAAUGAUAUGUAUAUGAUGUUCAAUGCAAUUUUCUGUUGCCCAUUUCCGAAUCCAUGGGUACUUGACGCGGUCAAAAUGAUACUGAAUGCGUGUUGGAAGGAGUUUGCAAAAGGAGUCAGUGACCACGAAAUGAUUGUCUGCUUGCAUGGCCUCGAUUUAUCGAAAUUUGAGAUGCCUCCAUAUACGCUCCCUGAAACACCAUCUAAAAAAGAUUUGGCGACUAUGAUAAAUAAAUGGAAAGUUGAAAACCGGAGUAAUAUCAAUGAAAUGGUCGAUUUCAUUGUGAAUUAUGUGAACGCAUUUCUCAAAACGUAUAAGGAGAAGGAAAAAUCAUAUGAGGAGUAUACUGCUGAUGUCAAACAAAUUAUUGAAUAUGUUGGGUUUGUUAUCCGCAAAGUUGCGAAGUUCGCCAGUGACAAUGAUAUCCACAUGCCACCGCUCCAUAAACAGCUGAAGAAAAAGAAAGCAGUGAUCCGAGUCUUUCAAGUAGGAAAUAAGAAGUUUGUGAUGGCCAAGGAGUGGAGAAAAACUUGUGAGCAACAUAACAUUGAUAUUGGAAGAUUCAAAAAGGAAGUCAGUGGAAUGCAGGAACUGUCAACAUUGACGUAUGAUGAAGUGGCAAAUAAGAUAAAGGGCGUGGCUGAGAUUGUGACGAUUGAGAAGGAGCGUUUGCAGACAUUUCGCCAGACACCGAUACCGUAUGAUGGAGGAUACUGUAUGCUUGCCGUAGAUGCUCUUUAUGGACUUCUGUUGGAUAUGAUUGUGGUAAAGAAGGUUUUCCAGACAAAUGAAGAGAAUCAACUUGAAAAGUUUUUCGCGUUGAUGGAAUUCUACUUCGAUGUGAGCAGAGGUGUCUAUUUUCUCUCAUUCGAAAACGUUGAAGUUAUCAGGACGAUGUGGGAGUAUUUCUACAGUCAUCAGAUAAAGAAAUCGAAUGGAAAGGUUAUCAAGAAAGCAAAAACCGCUGGUUUCUCCGUUGGCGAAUUGAAUGAGACACUCAAGUCCUUGGAACUGUGCUUCGAAGACAUUUCAAAGUAUGCGGAUCUCAUAUAUCCCAAGUUGGCUAACGAGAACGGAUUAUCACAAUAUCAGCUCCACAUGGCACUGAUCUAUUGUCAAGUCAACUGUUUCGCUCGGAAAGUUCCCAAGAUUUUGGAGUUUAUUCAUAAUCAAAACUCGUGCACGCGAAUGAAUAUCGUUGAAUGUCAGCAUUGUAGUGAUGAAGCGGCUGCCAAGAAGAUGGAGAAUUUGGAAAUCGGCGGGAAGAAGAAGAAUAAGAAGUGGAAGUGA